AUGGCAAAGUCUAUUGUGUACAAACACUAUCAACGCCUCCUCACCCAAUGGCCCGUCGACCUCCUUCGCCCGGAAGUCUCAUUCCAGAAAGCCAUACAGCGCCGGAUAGAUACACGGCUCAAGCCUUCGACAACGGCUCCUGAAGAUAAUGUUGUGUUCAAUCAAGCUCAAGCGACGGUACCGACGAAGGUAGCGUUUGAUGAGAAGGGCGAGCUGGAGCAGGUCAAUGUGCUUUAUUCGUUCCUGGAAAACCGGUAUACAAAGACGUACCCGUUGUCUGAGAAGAUGAUGAGACCGGCUUCGAAUCCAAACUACUACGAUGGCCUGUUGAAGGAGCUUAAUGAGGCGCCAACGCGGUCUUGGUUUCAGAGCAUGGUCAUUCGGUGGAAGGGGUCCCUUCGCUUUUCGUGA